AUGAUGGGGAACCAGAACUGCCAUGCCGAGAUUACCUUCGAUGAUAAUGUCAAGUGGCUCGCACGUUUUCGCCUCGCAAGAACCUCAUCACCGCCGCGGGAAGUCCGUGAUUGGAUACUUCGAAGCGAAGCUGCCACUAUGACUUACCUCCAGCGGUAUACUUGCAUUCCCACGCCCAAGAUUUUUGAUUGGGCAUGCGAAUCCGAUCCAGAAAAUCUAAUCGGAGUUGACUAUAUUCUGAUGGAAAAGCUAGAUGGAAAGCCUCUGGAUUGGCAGGCAGCGACUCCUCAGCAGAAAGAGAAGGUCAUGCAGCAGUUGGUUGACAUUUCCCUCGAGAUUGAUAGGCAUCCUUUCGAAGUAAUGGGAUCACUAAUCUCCUCGACGGGAGAUGUCAUAAGCCUUCAAGGUCUCGCAAAUCAAUCCAUAUUCCGUGUAGGAGAGGGGCCACUCGGUCCAUUCUCUUCCUCGCCCGAGUACUCUCAGGCUAUCCUCGAGUCCUACCUCACAAUGAUAGCUAGCGGCGAGAUUGACCCCUGCUAUCCGGUAGAUACAUACCUCUUCCAUCGAUUUCGCCAGGAUAUUGUUGGCACUCUCUUUGACGUCCCACUAGGCGACCAAUUCUUUCUUAAGCACCCGGAUGAUAAGGGUGACCAUAUUCUGGUUGAUGACUGUUUCGAUAUUGUAGGUAUCAUCGACUGGGAAUGGACGCAAACUGUCUCUAAGGCGGAGGCAUUCUGUUCCCCGUGUAUGAUGUGGCCGGUAGCUGAGUUCUACAACGGCUCUAAUGAGCUAGCCGCGGACGAAUUGAGACUAGCUGCCAUCUUUCGCGAAAAGGGCCGCGAGGAUCUUGCCGUUUGUGUCGUCGAGGGCAGGAAGGCUCAAAGAUUUUUCUUCGCUCUUGGUCCUGAGAGCUCUUUUCUAGAUAGACAGACCCUUUCACAUAUCUUCGCAGGACUCCAGCGGGCCUUCAAAUUUGAAGAUGAGGAGUGGGAAGCAUGGAAGAGCAAGGCUUUAAAGAAAUGGAAAGAUGAUGACCUACUCCUUGGCUUGUUAGAAGAAGAAAAAAAUGAGGAAGGGACGGGGCGAGGUGAGAGCUUUAAAACAGAAUAG